AUGCCGUUUGGCUGUUUAACCAUCGGGGAAAAGAAGGAUUAUAACAAUCCUUCGGAUGUGACUGACAAAUAUGACCUGGGUCAGAUUGUUAAAUCGGAGGAGUUCUGUGAGAUAUUCAGGGCCAAGGACAAAACUACAAUGAAAAUGAAUACAUGUAAAAAGUUCCUGAAAAAGGAUGGAAGGAAAGUCCGCAAGGCUGCGAAAAAUGAGAUCCUCAUCUUAAAGAUGGUGAAGCAUCCCAAUAUUCUCCAACUGGUGGACGUCUUUGAGACCAAAAAAGAGUACUUCCUCUUCCUUGAACUUGCAACAGGCAGAGAGGUAUUUGACUGGAUCCUGGACCAAGGCUACUACUCAGAGCGAGACACCAGUAACGUGGUGCGGCAGGUGUUGGAGGCCGUCGCCUACCUCCACUCCCUGCAUAUUGUUCACAGAAACCUCAAGUUGGAGAACUUGGUUUACUACAAUCGCCUGAAGCACUCUAAAAUAGUCAUCAGCGAUUUCCACCUUGCCAAGCUGGAGAACGGACUAAUCAAGGACCCCUGUGGGACACCGGAGUACCUGGCUCCAGAGGUGGUUGGCAGACAGCGAUAUGGCAGGCCUGUGGACUGCUGGGCAACAGGUGUCAUCAUGUACAUACUGCUGUCAGGCAACCCUCCUUUCUACGAUGAAACUGACGACGAUGAUUUUGAAAACCAUGACAAGAACCUGUUCCGAAAGAUCCUGGCAGGCGAUUAUGAGUUUGACUCUCCAUACUGGGAUGAAAUCUCAGAUUCAGCUAAGAGUCUGGUUGCUCGCCUGAUGGAGGUGGAUCAAGACCUGAGACUGACAGCCCAGGAGGCUAUAAACCACGAGUGGAUCUCUGGCGGUGCAGCUUCAGAUAAAAACAUCAAGGAAAAUGUGUGUGCACAAAUAGAGAAGAACUUCGCCAGAGCUAAAUGGAAGAAAGCUGUGCGGGUCACCACCAUCAUGAAGAGACUGAGAGCACCCGAGCACAGUGAGUCGAGGGCGACCAGCCCUGCGGCCGACGCCCCAGGUGAUGCUGCAGCUCCCCAGGCCGCCGCCGACCCCUCUGCGCCUUCAUCUGCCGCGACCCCCGAGGGAGCGGCCGCCUCUGUCACAGAGCUCCCUGCUGGAGCGGAGAUAAGUCAACCGGCACCAGAGGCUGAAGCCGCGGCGGCCGCCUCACCCGCGGAGCCACAGCAACCGAGCCCAGCGCCGCAGGAGGCCGAGCCCGCAACACGCUGCAACGGGGAAGCUUCGGCUGCGCUCCACGCAGCCACUGAGGCCGGGGACGAGCAGGGUUAG